AUGGCACCACCACUCACUGAUACCUCUUCAUCAAAUUAUCAAGAUUUACCAAUCAUCAUCAAUGGAGCAGGUCUUGUUGGCUGUAUGGCAGCUUUGUAUAUGGCACAACAUCACGGACAAAAAGUUGUCUUGAUUGACAAGAGACAGGAUUAUAGAAGCCAUAAAUAUGAAGGACGUUCUAUUAAUUUGGCUAUUAGUCAUCGUGCUUUUAAAGCCUUGGGAGGAAUUGAUCAAGAAUUUGUUAAACAUUUCAAGGACGAAAGUGUUGGAUUGAAAAUGAAAGGUCGUGGCAUUCACAUGAAGGAUUUGAAGAGUGAUUCUCUUGAGGAUCAAUUUGGAAAGACCUCACGAGUUGGAUUUCAACCGUAUGGCAUUUCUCCUGAUGAAUACAUUGUGAGUGUUGGCAGACAUCACUUGAAUUGUUUUUUAUUGGAAGAAUUGGAGAAGAAAUUUGCAAAUGUUUUACAGGUGGAAUUUGAGGCCACUCCAACAAGGAUUGAAUAUGCUAAAAUGGACAAUGAGAGUGUCUCUAUUUUGCAUUUUAAGAAUAAGGAGGGAGAAUUGAAGAGUGUUACUGGUAAAUUUAUCAUUGGAGCUGAUGGAUUGAAUUCAUUCGUUCGUCAACAAAUGCAAAAUAAUCCAAAUUGUCGUUUUUCAAGUUCUCAGACCUAUAUUUCACAUGCUUAUAAGGAAUUGUCAAUUAGACCAAAUGCACAAACUGGUGAUUAUGUGAUGCGUUCAGAUUGUUUGCAUAUUUGGCCACGUGGUGAUUUCAUGUUGAUUGCCUUACCAAAUCCAACUAGAGAUUUCACAGUUACUCUCUUUAUGAGACAAUACAAGAAGAGAGAUUAUGCUCAUGCAAUUAUUCCAUUCUAUGGACAAGGAGUAAAUUGUGGAUUUGAAGAUUGUCACGUCUUUUCAAAUAUUAUCAAGGAGGAACAAAGUAAGAGAGGAUUGAAGCCAACUGCAUUCAAUUCAGAGCUCAUUCAAGCUGUUUUUGAAAAUUACAGUUUGACAAGAAAACCUUCAGCUGAUGCCAUUCUCAACUUGUCAUUGCACAAUUUCAUUGUAAUGAGAUCAAAGACUGCUGAUCCAUUAUUCUUAUUGGAACAAGCUGUUAUGCGUUUCCUCCACAAGAACUUCCCACAAGUAAAUGCAUUCAAGCCAUUGUACAAUAUGGUUGCCUUCACUCCACAAAAGACCUAUGCUGAUGCUUGGAAUACGCAUGUGAAUAGAGAGAAUUUCAUUGCCAAGAUUAAGCAAUAUGCUGUUCAAACUCUUGCUGCUUGUGCCAUUUCAGCAAUUUCUAUUGGAAUCUAUUCCAAGUGUCGUUCGCAACCACCAGCAUCAGUUGCAGUUUCAACAACUACUCCUGGAACCACUCCAUCCAUCACUGAACAAACCAUUCAAUUGAGUUAUAGUUUAUAUGAUGCUAGUAAGGGUAUUGCCAAAUCCAUUGGUGGAUAUUUUGGUUAUUAAGUUAGAAUUGGAUUUAUAAAUAAACAAUAUAAGA